AUGCGCUCACUCGCUCCUCUACGGUCGGCGCCCACCUUUAUAACGCUCUUCCUCGUAGUUGAUGCGCCGGCUUCUCACAUGGCUCGCAUCCGUACCUCUCGCACCUCUCACCUCAAGCCGUCCAGCUCCAAGUCGCGCUCAAAGUCGGACGUGCUUCGCCGGUUGCGCACGGAGUGCAGGCACAAACACUCUGACGACACAGGAUCGACGUUUGAAUACGUUUCGGAGAGGCUCGUCCAUGGCACUCGGCGGCAACUCGAAGACCAUCACGUCGCACUACAUUUGCAAAUCGUAGGGUCCAUCCCUACGGACCAGCCGCUACAACGCCUUCCAUCAACCCCUCCCCCCAGCGGCAUAGAAAGCCAGGUUGACACUCCUGCCCUCGAACACGCAGGGCGCGUCUUACCCUCGCAGCUUGCCCAAAGCCGCCGUUCUAAUCCCGCUGAACUCGGCGUCGCGGUGGCCCAAGAGCAGGGCCGUCGCGCCCGCAGCCGUAGCAUCGAGGUCGUCGUGCUCCGCGGCGUACCGGUCCCAGCCGGCCAUCGCGGGGUCCUUCGCAUUCAAUUCUUCACCGCCGAUCGGCUACCACCUGCCUUCAUCACUCUGCGCGCGGGCCGCGAGACUCAGUGCUUCUCGAUGGGGGCGUACGCGCGUCAGUGGAAUGCGCUGGAGCUCAAGAAUUCGGACCGCGUGAAGAUUUUGACGCGAAUGAUUGGGGGCGCCCCCGAGUGGAAGCUCGUAGCUCUCGAGGAGCUUGCAGUCUCCGCGCAGCACGGCGGCGUUGUUCUCGCAUGCAAGGGAGUCGUUAACUUCCACUCUGCGUUGAAGGCUUAUCACGCGUGGGCGUGCCCUGACCCCGGUGAGCUUUGCAUCGUGACACCGACGCCGAACCGCUUCUCAUACAUUCCCGGCCAGUCUUGA